UGGGCAGGUCCCCCGCUCACGGCUGGGGGGCACGGGGGCCGGGAGGAGGCAGGCAGCCCUCCUCUCCCCUCCCUUCCUUCCUCUCUCCACCCUCCCUUCCCUCCCCGUUACGCGGCGGUCGGGGGUGCCGCCUUACAGGUCGCAACCGCUCUCCGGUGAGCUCCCCGCGGCGCUGAGAGGAGCGGAGUGGCACGGAGCGGCCCCGGCCAUGGUGCUGCGCGCCGCGGGGCUCAUCGGCUGCUGCUGCUGCCUGCUGCGGCUCGUCCUCCCCGCAGCUCCAGGCGUGAACUGUAAAACUGGCUGCCACCCAGAAAAUGGAUUUUGUGAAUUUCCCAGUGAAUGCAGGUGUCAGCCUGGUUGGCAAGGUGCUCUUUGUAAUCAGUGUGUUCCUUUUCCUGGGUGUUUGCACGGCAGCUGUGCCAAGCCCUGGCAGUGCAUCUGUGAGGAGGGCUGGGUUGGCAGCCUCUGUGACAUAGAUGUUCACCCAUGUUCUGCAAAACCCUGCACCAAUAACUCAACAUGCAUAGAAACUGGUGAUGGAGGAUAUAUUUGUCUGUGUGGCCAGGGAUUUACAGGAAAAAACUGCCAUCUCAAAAAAGGACCUUGCAUUAUUAAUGGCUCUCCCUGCCAGAACGGAGGAACGUGUGUUGAUGACAAUGGUUUUGCACCCCAUGCUUCCUGUCUGUGCCCUUCUGGUUUUGCUGGCAACUUCUGUGAAAUAGAUAGAGAUGACUGUGAAUCCAACCCGUGUGAAAAUGAAGGAACAUGUACAGAUACUGGUGUGGGUUUCAGCUGUUUGUGUCCCCAUGGCUAUACAGGAAAGCGCUGCAGCAGCCGUGUCAUUUUCUGUGCAAGUGGCCCGUGUGAGAAUGGAGGGACAUGCAGUGAACAUCCCCAUGGAGGAUUCAAAUGCAUCUGUAAAUCAGAAUUCAUUGGUGUGACCUGCAAACAUCCCAGCAAAAACACAAGUCUUUCUGGAGCAAAUACGGAGACAAAGUACAUGCAGAAUUACAAGCCGACCUCAAAAGCUCAUCACAGAUCAGUGCAUCAACAAGAAAUCCUGAAAAUAACAAUGAAAGAAACUAUCCAAAAUGCAGAUCCCUUGCUGAGUAGAAGCCAGGUGAUAUGUUUUGUUGUACUGGGCUUGCUUACAUGUCUUGUUGUCUUGGGUACAACUGGGAUUGUGUUUUUUUCAAAAUGCGAAAUGUGGCUUGCUAAUGCCAAAUACAGUCAUCUCCUACGCAAGAAAAAGAACUUUUUUCUGAAAUCUAACAAUGGGGAAAAUCUUUCAGUUAAUAUUAUAUUCCCAGAAAAGAUCAAAUUGACUAAUUAUACUAAGAACUACACUGCCAUUUAGGCCCUUGAAAGCCAAGCAGCAACUUGCAACUUUUCAUAGCAAUAUGUAAAAUAAAUUGAAUUUAUUGCCCAUGAUUGGCCUCAGUAUUUGUGCUGUAGCUUGUACUGAGUGAUAAUGAAAAAAUAUAGUGUAUCUGUAUUGCUAAGGAUGUUUUCAUUCCUCAAAAUAAAAGGUAAAAUAAAAUAAAUUUUUAAAAAUA